AUGUUUCCUCGUCUGGCCCUCGCAAGACGCCUGCCAUGCCUUAGAGGUUCAGAAAAGACUGCCGGUACAAUCCUGGCUUCCCGAUUUCGCUCUAUACACUCGUCUUCCUUAGGGCUCAAGUCUCCCUCCUUUGACGUGUCGCUGGUGAAGAACGAUCAGGCAGGAUUGAACAUCGUCUUUCAAGGCGACAGUCUCCCCGCAAAUCUACCCGGCACCAAACUGUCAGAUACACGGACAAGCCUUUACCUUCCGGACUUUUGGCUUCGGUAUGUUGAGUAG